AAAAGAAGAUACGAUUAUAAAUAUUUUAGCAUUUUAUUAAACAAUAUAAUCAUUGAAUUGCGAGAAUCUGUCCUAAAUAAUACAGAAAUUCCAAUUCUAAUAACUGAUGGAGAGAAAAAGAGAAAAAUAAGAAUCACAGUGGAUUUAAAUUUCUUAUUUUGCACAGGCAUCAAUGUAUCGAAAAUACUUCUUACUCGCAAAAUUAAAAUUGCUCAAAUUUUUAGAAAUUUGCUUUUUAACUGAAAAUGAUAUUUAAAGUCGUCCAGUUCAAAAGAAAAUUGCUAAUGUCACAAUUAAAUGUGACAUGACUUCACAAAUAAAUCAAAAUAAAUAUUAUUUGAAUUCAAAUUUUAAUGAUGGCGUUUAAUAGGAUCUGAUUGCUAGUAAGCGUAUGGACCAAUUGCAUUCGACGUAUCUAUCGGAAUAGCCGUUGAAUUCGCUGGAUUUGCGCAGCCAAUGAGCGUGAGGAUGGGUCUUUAAAUGAGAACUUGGCGGUUUUUGCGGGAACAGCGCGAUCAUGAACGCGUGGUUGGAUAGCAGUUUGAUAGUAAUCGACAGUGAUUGAAGAAGAUUCUACGAAUUUUCGCUAUUUAAUUAUUCCGAGUAGUUUUUUACGACCUUUGUUACUGUUCGAUAUCGAAUCACAAACAUGGCAGUACAACCUAAUCAACAAUUCAGCAUGGAUCCUCCUACGCAACAAAGCUUCGUCAGAUUUUUUAAAAGUUUGCCAGAGAAACUUGACACGACGAUACGGUUCUUCAAUAGAUCGGACUACUAUACAGUGCAUGGAAGCGAUGCUCUCUUUGCUGCACAAGAAGUAUUUAAAACAACAUCUGUCUGUAAAAUGAUUGGAGCUGAACCACACAAAACGAAAGGAGUUAUUCUCAACAAAGGCCACUUUGAGACAUUUGUGCGCGAUUUAUUAUUAGUAAAGCAGUACAGAGUGGAAGUUUAUAUUAAUCAAGGCUCCUCUAAAAAUCAGAACUGGGUCUUGGAGUACAAAGGUUCGCCUGGCAAUCUAUCUCACUUUGAAGAUAUCUUAUUUGGUAAUAAUGAUGUAGCUGUGGGUGUAUCCGUAAUAGCUGUGAAACUGGGUGCAGAAGGAAAAUCGAGAAUUGUAGGUUUAAGUUGCGUGGACGUUGUUUCAACUCUAAUUUCAGUCAUUGAAUUUCAAGACAACGAGUCAUUUUCGAACUUAGAAUCGCUCGUUGUGACUCUUGCCCCGAAAGAAUGUUUAUUAAUUCAAGGUGAAGGCAGUUAUGAAUUUCAAACCCUUAAACAAUUGAUGGAAAGAAGUAACGUGUUGGUUACUUUAAGAAAAAAAAGUGAAUUUUCCAGUGAUUCAAUCAUAGAUGACUUAAACACAUUAAUAAAAUUUAAAAAAGGCCAGAAACUGGAUGCACAAUCACUGCCUGAAGUUAAUUUAAACAUAGCUAUGUCUGCUACAUCCGCUCUUAUUAAAUAUUUAGAUUUAACGUCGGACGAGGGCCAUAUGAAUCACUUUACGCUAAACCAAAUGGAGCAGUCACGAUACAUAAGACUGGAUUCUGCGGCGAUGAAAGCUCUUAAUGUCGAGCCGCGUGCUGAUGCGGUUUCCACCUUGCAAGGGAAUCCUGUUGCCAGUGUUUUAACAAUGUUAGACAAAUGUAGAACCGCACAAGGGCACAGACUAAUUGCGCAGUGGGUGCGACAACCCCUCAGAGACCUAUCUCUAAUAAAAGAGCGACAUGAUAUCGUUGAGUUGUUGGUAAAGGAUAACGAGUUGAGGUCCGUCCUGAGUGACGACUAUCUGAAACGUAUACCAGACUUGCAACAGCUUGCGAAAAAGUUGGCCAGAAAAAAGUCGACAUUGCAAGAUUGCUACAAAAUUUACCUGUGCGUAUCGUACUUGCCAAAAUUAUUAGAACAACUUAAACCAGAGGCAAGUGUGACAGCACUGAAAACGAUGAUAAUGGAUCCGUUAAAAGAGCUUAUUGAGGAUAUGGACAAAUUUCAGCAGCUGGUGGAGCAAACAAUCGAUUUGGAUGCCGCUGAAAAGGGAGACUUUAUGGUUAAUCCGGGAUUCGCGGAUGAUUUCAAAGCGUUGAAGGAUGCCAUGGAUGAGACAGAGGAAAAGAUACAGCAAUUACUUGGUAAAGCAGCAGAUGAUCUUUGUUUGGAAGCGGGAAAAACGAUCAAGUUAGAAUCGAAUCAACAAUUCGGUUACUACUUUCGUAUCACAUUAAAGGAAGAGAAAAUACUUCGAAAUAAAAAGCAUUACGCUGUCUUGGAUUCUAAUAAAACUGGUGUGAGAUUCCGGAACAAUAAGCUAAGCGGAUUGAAUGACGAUUUUAUAGCCGCUAGAGAUAAAUAUUUGGAGAAACAGAAAGAUGUUAUUACAGAAAUCGUGGGUAUUGCAGCUGGUUAUAGCGAUACGGUGCGUGUUAUCGGUAGUGUGCUGGCAUGCCUCGACGUCCUCACUGCAUUUGCUUCCGCAGCGGUGAGCGCUAACAAAGUGUACGUACGACCGGAGAUGCUCCCGAGUGAAGAAGGCGAACUGAAUCUCGUUCAAGUUAGACAUCCGUGUGUAGAAAUGCAACAAGGAAUUGAUUAUAUCGCCAAUGACGUUAGUUUUAAACGAGAUCAGUGUCAUUUUUGCAUUAUUACUGGCCCGAACAUGGGUGGUAAGAGCACCUACAUCAGGUCCGUCGGUGUUACUGCGUUAAUGGCUCACAUCGGUAGUUUUGUUCCCUGCGAUAAAGCGACUAUAUCAUUAUUGGACUGUAUACUGGCUCGAGUAGGAGCUGAUGACUCCCAGUUAAAGGGACUGUCGACAUUUAUGAUGGAGAUGAUAGAAAGCGCUGCUAUUAUGAAAACAGCAACUUGUAAUUCCCUUGUGAUUAUCGAUGAGUUAGGCAGAGGAACAUCUACUUACGAGGGUUGUGGUAUUGCAUGGUCGAUAGCUGAACACUUGGCGAGAGAUAUAAAAUCGUACUGUCUAUUUGCUACGCACUUCCACGAGAUCACCAGAUUAGCCGAGGAAAUCCCCACUGUAAAGAAUCAACACGUUACUGCUCUUGUUGAAGAUAAUAAAUUGACACUGCUCUAUAAAGUAAAGCCGGGAAUCUGCGACCAAAGCUUUGGCAUUCACGUGGCCAAAAUGGCUAAUUUCCCAGAAGAUGUGAUAGAAUUUGCUAAGAGAAAGCAAGCAGAGCUGGAGAAUUAUCAAAGCGUAGUUUUCGAAGGAUCUGAGAAUCCCCAGAAGAAACGGAAAAUUGUUCAGGAAGCGGAAACGCUUAUCUCGGAGUUUCUCGCGAAAUGUAAAAAUUUGGAUCAAUCUUUGUCCGAUGCCGAAUUAGAAACUCAGGUAUCAUCGUUGAAGAAGAAUGUUUUCUCUCAUAAGAAUCCUUACAUUGAAGCAUUACUCGGUGCUCCUUAAGUGAUAUCGAGGUUGCAUAGCAUGUUACAAGGAGUAAUGUGUGACAAGCAGUAUUAUUUUUUCAAAAGAAUCUACAUGGUCGAAGAAACAAAUAAUGUAGAUUUGUUAUAAUUGUAGUAAACCAACUUUGUAUAAAUGUA